AAAUGGCCCCAACGCAACAGUCAUCGGUCUGGUCACGUGAGAAUAACCAGGCAUAUAAAAGUAGCCCCGGGGUAACUCCCGGUAGAGAGGGAUUUGAGCAACAUGAGCAGCGACCGCGUCCUCAUCCUCUGCCUCGGCGCCUCUGUCCUUCUGUUCUUUGGCUGCUGUGAAGAUUCGGUGGAGCUCCGUUCACUGGAAACCCCUAACAAGAGCCAAGAAGAGAAGGAGCUGAUCGAGGCACUACAAGAAGUACUGGAGAAGUUGAAAAGCAAGAGAAUGCCAUCCGCGGAGAAGAAACUGGGCUGGGUACCCUCGUGUGAUGCUGGGGAGCAGUGUGCUGUCCGGAAAGGAGCCAGGAUUGGCAAACUGUGCAACUGCCCACGUGGCACUUCAUGCAACUUCUACAUCUUGAAGUGCUUGUAAGGGAAGCACCAUCUGGUAGGGUCCAUGCCAAGAAUGAAGACCAGUGAGAGAGAACCACUGCUGCCGUCAUUGCUGGCAAAGUUUUUGUUAUACUUCUUUAAAAAAUAAAGAAAAUUAAAUAAUUCAGCAGCCUGGACCAGUGUACCUUGCAGCCACUCCUACCUGAGAGGCACAUCCUGG